CGAAUGCUUCUAUUAGACUACUCCAAAUCUGGCUGAUCUAACUGACAGCUUUUUUCUAUCUGGUGAAGCUACAUGAAGCUAUCCACUACUGGUUUUAAUUUUUAAUUUUUUAAUUUUUUAAAUUUUAUCGUAGGAUGUUUCAAGUUGGCGACUGCAAUGCUAAAGGUGGCAGCACGAUUUGAUAGGUGGGUGGUCUGAUAGAGUCCCUGAAUGAGAGACCAUGGCAGAUCCUCCAGUCCGAAGUCAACAGUGGCGGUCUUUCGUCGAAGUGUUAUCUCCGUGGGUUCCAUUAGGGUUGAUGGGUAUCCAGUCGUGGGGUGUUGUGAGUUGCUGCUGGACCGACAUUUCGGGACUGGUAGUGAUCUCCAGGGGCGAUAACAUAGUGCUGACAUAUCACUGAUUGCAUCCGAUCACGUGCAAUGUACACGAGGAAGAGACGAUGAGCAAGUUUUAGUCAGCUACAGUGAGAGGUGUCGGCUGAUUGCAGGAACUGAAGUUUUUGUUAACAUUUUCAUCAAUGCGCUUCGAAGAUGGGAGUUAGUUUUAGAAGCUAGAUGCGAGGAGGAUUCAGAUAUGACAGCGGAUGUAGAGGAUUUGCAAUGGUGAGGAGGGGGACAUGAACACAAGCAUUUUUUCCCCGCUUCAACUUUGAUCUUUUCAGCUGUGGUGGCCAGAUCUCCUUUGUGCUAUGUUAGGCCAGGGGAGAAUCGAUGCAGUGAACACCUAGAUCAAGCUUCUCCAGCUGAAACUAGCAGCAUGUGAAUUAUUACCUUAUAGGGUUCACUGGUUGAAUCUUAGCUUUACAGCUAGCACAAAUAUGUGGUAGCGCAACUUUCUUUGCACGAUUAUCAAAUUGCGUUCGACAUGGAUUCACAACCAAGGACGUGUGUGCCCCGAAUGGAUCGGUGGCUGGGCCUCUCUUCCAACAUGGUCAUUAUGGCUUGUGGGGGCCUCACGUACACGUAUGCAGUUUAUAGUGGACACCUGAAAGAUGUUCUUCACUACACACAAGAGCAAACGGACGAUGUAGGUGCCGCAAAGGACUUUGGAUCUGUUCUAGGUCUAUUCUCGGGAUUCUUUUACAACUAUUACCCUCCUUGGGUCACCGUUUUCAUCGGCUCCUUUUUUCACUUAUUUGGUUACAGCAUGGUUUGGAUGACCCUCAUUGGAGCUGUGGCACCGUCAUUUUGGCUUCUGUGUAUCUAUUUCACUCUCGGUAAUGGUGGGGACAUUUACGUAGAUACUGCUUGCAUCAUAACAACCUUGGAAAGCUUUGGUGACCACCGAGGGACAGCUAUGGGCAUCCUGAAAGCACAAGUGGGAUUGAGUGGCGCCAUGUUCGUCCUGAUUUAUGAGGUAUUUAUGGCGCCAGAUGUCGACCGGUUUCUCCUGUUAGUUGCUCUUGCGCCAUCAAUUGCUGGCUUUGCUCUUGCAUAUCUAACCAGACCUUUUCCUUCUGAGGGUCAUGUUCAAGAUGCUGAGGAUGUCAAGCAACGAUUUCAUCUCACUUACGGGCUGCUGAUUUUUCUCGGAAUCUUUCUCAUGCUCGUCAUCUUUAUCAAGGCUCUUUUACAACCGGGAACACCGCUACUUGCGUUCUUCUUGACGAUCAUGCUUGGUCUCGCUUCGAUUAUGUUCAUUGUUCCGCUUAUACGAAGACCAGUGGAUUUGAUAUCCUUGUACAUAAGCUGGAACCAUAGUGAUGAUGUUGAGGAAGGAAUCAGUCUCAAAGAGUUAUCAAGACGAGGGUCCAUGUACAAGAACAAGUCUUUCCAACCUGAGCCUGACGAUAUCUACGAGGGGGAGGAGUUGGCCGCUUUAAAAAGCUCAUCUGAUGUGGAAAGUGAUGAUGACAUUGUGGUCUCUAAGCGUAACAAAAUGGAAGCUCUCCGCACAGAGAAACUUCAUGAAGCCUCGUUAGCGACAAGCUUGCUUGGCAUUGAUUUCUGGUUGAUAACGUUGGUGGUCACUGUUGGCGGCGGCACUGGCCUGACCAUCAUCAACAACUUUGCUCAGAUUGGACAGGCACUAGGAGAAACCGAAGUGGUCGUAUACGUGGGGCUCAUCAGCAUUUGGAGCUGUUUUGGCCGCCUACUGGGAGGCUACGGUUCAGAUCUUCUUUUAGAAAGAGGGUAUCCACGCCCAGUUUGUUUGCUCAUGGCGCAAUUCCUAAUGAGCACUUGCUGCCUUCUUCUCUCCACAGGACGAGUAUCAUUCCUCUACGUCGGAUCCUGUAUGGUAGGCAUGGCGUAUGGUUCCCAUUGGAGCAUCCAACCUCCUAUACUCGCUGAAGUGUUUGGCCUUCAGCAUUUUGCGACUUUAUACAAGAUUAAUUCACUGGGUGCUCCACUGGGGGCCUAUUUCCUGUCCGCUAAGAUCGUUGGUGUUCUAUACGACAAAGAAGCCGCUGUCUACAGAAGCCACUCACCGAUCCCAGUUGCAGAGAACACAUGCAUGGGCACCCGGUGCUUCGGCUCCUCCCUCCUUGUUCUCGCCUUAUUGUGCGCUCUGAGUGCCACACUCACCUUGUGGUUCACGAUGCGCACUCGCCCAUUUUAUAAACACCGCCAACCCUCCUCUUCACUAAGAGAAGCAAAUCCAGGUUGAUCAAGUCCAAUUACUCUCAGGAAACCUCGAUUCGGUUGCAUUCAAGUAUUGGUUCAUUAACAUUUUGCUUUAGCAUAGCGCAUGAGAAACUGCACUAGUAUGUGCGUCUCUUUGAGCAGAUCCAUUUGUUUCAAAAUAAUACCAACAUUAUAGCUUCAAAUAUAUAGCUUAAUACAAUUGCUUUUGAUUUUUUUCUUAUUUUUUUCUUUUCUGUUCGAAUGAGAGUUGAUUUUCUUCAACUGGGAGACCCAGUCUACUGGGCUUGCUUUCACCACUAUAA